UACAACCCAAUCUCCCAAUCCAAUUCACCUCAAUCCUCUCAUUCUCCCAAAUCCCACUUACGAUCGCUCCAUAAUUCCCCAAGAAGAUGCAAGAGCAUCAAGAAGAGAUGUCGAAGCUUCCGCCGCAGCAGCAACCGCCGGUGAUGGGAGAGCCCGUGCUGGGAGUCCCUUACUAUGUCAACGAGAAUCCCUACCAGGCCGGCAUGGUCCCACCCAACGCCAUUUACGGCGACCCUAAAGGAGUUCCGCUUCGACAGACCAUCUACAGAGACACACCGGCUCCUAUCAACUGCGUUUACUGUGGCGAUACCGGACUCACUACCGUCAGAUCAAAGCCGAGCCAGGCAUCUGUUGUGGGGUGUUUGGUGUUUUGUGGUUGUGGGUUCUGCUUUCUUUUGCCUUCCAUGGACUGCCUAUGGCAUAAGUACCAUUACUGUUCUCACUGCCACCAGAAGGUUGCUGAUUUUGAGAAGUCUGAUCCUUGUAUUGUGAUGGACCCUCCUAACUGGACAGAAGCCAGUUUUGCAGUGCCUGCUUGAUAAGUUUGUUUUCCUCCUUCUUCUUCUUCUUCUUCUUGCUCACAUUGUCACCGUGCUGUGCCUCGUUCCAUAUUUCUAGAUUGUCUUGUAAAUGUUUUUUAAUGUGACGUAUACAUAUUUGGAGUUUGAAUGUUGAAAUGGUAACUGGAUAAUGCUGUGUAGACCUAUAGAUUGAUAAUUUCAAUUAGAAUGUGACGUAUACAUA